GAUUUACGAAUGUUAAGAUUGGGCUAAAAAGGGAAAGAAAAGAUGUCUAAAAUUUAAUAUAUUUAGUUGAAACGCGGCUCUCUAAAUCAUGGCGACUUCAGCUGAUGCUCGGGCAGUAAAGUCGCUCAACAAUUCCGAGGGGCGUAAGCGAUUUGUGUUUAAGAGUUUUGCUGACAGAAUCAAUGACAUUGACAUCAACUUCAACGGCUAUAGGACCUUGAAUAAGGUGAAGGCUGAGCCUUCAGAAGGAUCCACAUUUUUCAGGGAUUGCCUCCUAGAAUGGAGGGAACUAAAUACCGCUGAAGAUUUCAUUUCGUUUUAUGAAGAGAUGUUACCACUUGUCCAGAAUUUGGGUUUGGUUCUUGUGCAAAAAGAAAAAAUCUUGUCGAAACUUGUCUCUCGAUUACAAAUGAAAGCAAGAUUGUCUCUGGAACCCAUUCUCAGGUUGAUUGCUGCUCUAUCAAGAGAUCUCUUGAAGGACUUUAUUCCCUUUUUGCCACGAAUUGUGAACUCCUUAGUGACUCUCCUAAAAAAUGGUGCUCAUAAAGAUCCGGAGAUUAUUGAGCAGGUAUUCACAUCCUGGUCUUCCAUAAUAGUGUCCCUGCAGAAGUAUCUUGUAUGCGACAUCGAAGGCAUUCUCAAGGAUACGUUGGAAUUGAGGUAUUACCACAAAGACUAUAUCAGUGAAUUUAUGUCAGAGUCCAUGUCAGUUUUGUUGAGGAAUGCACAGGAUGAGCAACUUGAAAAAGGGAUCAAGAUGAUCCUUUCUGAAGUUGCACAUCCAUCCAAAAAAGCUGGAGGAGUUGGAUUACUAUAUUAUGUUAUGAGUGGCCCUGGUGCAGUCGUGGAAGUUGUGAGUUUGGCUUUGCAGAGAAUAUGCGAGGAUUUGGAAGCAGAAAAAUUAGUUGUUAUGUGGGAAUACUUGUAUAAGAAAAUAAACAAAUCAAUCUCAAACAAAAAAUCAGUUCAUCUAAGCCGACUGUUGAGUGUGCUUACGGCGGUUGUUAAGAUUGAGAAAGGUCACAAGGUUCACGAUAGCCCAUCACUGAUUGGAAUCGUGAGCCGCAUUGUGUCAACUUUUGUGGGUUCCUCUGAGACCAUUGUAGAAGGGGAUAACUUAUCUGCUGUCCUUGAGGAAGUUCUGCAAUUGAUAUUAUGCACAAUCAACAAGGUCAAUGAAAUGGAAACUGUUGCUUCGCAAUGGGCUCCCAUUUUUGCCUUGAAGAGUUCAAGUGCAAUUAACAAUAUGAUUUGGGAGUCUUCUGAGGAAGUUAUUCCUCUGUUACUAACAUUGUGUGAGAGACAACAAACAAGUCACGACAUGGUAAUCAUCAUAAGUCAAACAUUUGAGAGUAGAUACGAGAGAAUUCAUGAGUUCUUGGAAGCAAAUAUUAAAAAGGUUCAACAGAAUAUUGAGAAUACUGGAUUAGCUCAAAUUGAUGAGGGCGAGUUGGCUGCCAUUUGGGGAGUUGUCAACUGUUAUCCUUAUUUUAAAGUGGAUUCAUCAUUAUUGAUUUGCUUUAAGAAAACUCUCAGACACCAUUUGGCAGUGUCAGAUGACACUUGUAGUGGCCCAGAAUUGAUGUGGCAGAGCUUACUUGGUACUGCUUUGAGGUCAUGUUACAAAAUGCUGGGAAGAAUUAACCACAGUGAUCUAGAGGAAGCUUUGUCUUUUGCUAAAGAUUACAAGUCAUGUGUGCAAGUGUUGUCUCCUGUGGCCGAUGUUUUGGAAUUUACGCACUGGCCUUCAUUAGCUCAUGAUGACAGGUUUAAGGCUUAUCCAGAACUUCAAGCAAAGAAGGCUGGAGAUGCGUUUGAAAUAUUUUCUGAAAAUUUGCGUCAUCCGAACAAAGAAAUCCGUCUUAUGACUCUGAGGAUUUUGUGCCAUCUUGAAUCUUUGUCGUCUGACCCUUCUUUUGAAGAGCAUCCUCCUAAGAAGAAAGUGAAAAUUGAAGAGAUGAAAAAAUCUCUUCCUAAAGGGAAUGUUCUUCAGUUAUUACGCUCAGUCGAAGAGACUGCUCACACAGUGGAUAAUAGUCGGAUGUUGGUCAAUUUGAUCUCUACAAUACAAAAGGACCUCUCCGCUGGCAGGAUACAUGCGGCAUAUGUGAAGCUUGUAUUGAAUGGGAUGUUGGGACUAUUACAUAAUAGAUUUUUGGAUUUGUGGGGUCCAGCAUCUGAGUGUCUUGCUGUUCUUGUGAGGAAUUACACAGGUGCAGUGUGGAGUGAUUUUGUUUGUUAUUUGGAGCAGUGCCAACUAAAAUUUGAAACCCUCCACGAUCAUAGUGAGAAUGCGAACCAAAGCAUGUCAGAGAGGCAUACAGAUCUGAUUGGCCGUUUUAAUUCGGUUCUCUUUCCACCGUCUAAUAGCACGCCUACUGCAGCGGUGGUAUCUCAGUUGCUACAGACCUUACAAAAAGCUUCCAGUGUUGCUCAGUCUCGGGCUUCUGAAAUUCUCCCUUUGUUGUUGAAAUUUCUGGGAUACAACAGCGAAAAUCCUGUGAGUGUCGGAUCAUAUAAUGGCCGAGUUUGUAAAGGAGAGGACUGGAAGAAGGUUCUUAUACAAUGGUUGACUUUGCUAAAAUUGAUGAAGAAUCAUAGUUCGUUUCGUUUUAGUCAAUUUGUAAACGACGUUCUGCAGAAUAGGUUCCUGGAUGAUAAUGAUGCUGAAAUACAAACGAAUGUUCUAGAGUGCCUUCUGUUGUCAAAUGACUUCUUACUCCCACACCGCCAGCAUUUGCUGAAUUUGAUCAAACCAAAAGAAUUGAGAGAAGAACUCACAACCUGGAACUUGUCCGAAGACAUCGGAGAACCUCACAGAUCUUAUAUUUUUUCUCUUGUAAUUCGCAUCCUUAUGCCAAAAGUUAGGACAUUAAAAAAUUCGGCUUCAAGGAAGCAUACAAGUAUCCGUCACCGACAGGCAGUUCUUUGCUUUAUAUCUCAGCUGGAUGUUAAUGAACUCGCCCUGUUCUUUGCAUUGUUGAUAAAACCUUUGAACAUCAUAUCAGAGGAAACAAUGGACUCGUUUUGGAGUUCAGGCAAAAGUUCUGUGGACUAUUUCCAAAAUUCCAAUUUUCUGAAAUAUUUCACUGUUGAUAGUAUUUCGACAUUAUCCAGGAAUCAGAAAUCUGGGUUUCUUCAUGUCAUCGAACAUAUCCUUGAUGUCUUUGAUGAACGCCGUGUCCGACCUUUUCUAGACUUUUUGAUGGGAUGUGUUGUCCGGCUAUUGGUAAAUUAUGCUCCAAAUGUUGAUGAAGAAAGGAACAUUGAUUCAUUGGCACUAAGAAAGGCCACUGCUGCCCCAUCAACUUCAGAUGAUAAAGAAAAUGCUUCAAUAAAUCACGACCAGGCUGGCACUGCUUUGAAGCAGUUUAAAGAGCUGAGAUCCUUAUGUCUGAAAAUCAUUGCUCAUGUUCUUGAUAAAUACGAGGAUUGUGAUCUUGGCUCCGCGUUCUGGGACCUCUUCUUUUCGGCAGUGAGUCCGUUAAUUAAGAGUUUCAAGCAGGAGGGUUCUAGUAGUGAGAAACCAAGUUCCUUGUUCUCAUGCUUCUUGUCAAUGAGUAAAAGCCGUAAUCUCGUGAACCUCUUAUGUCGGGAAGAGUCUCUUGUUCCAGACAUUUUUUCAAUUCUAACUGUCGCCACAGCUUCAGAAGCUAUAAAGUCUUCUGCCUUGAAGUUCAUAGAGAAUCUGCUUUGUCUUGACAACGAGUUGGGUGAGGAUAACAAUAUGAUCUGUGGAUUCUUAGAUCCGUACAUAGAGGCAUUGAUUAACAGCUUGCAUUCUCUUUUAAUUGGGGAUAUUUUGAAAAGGAAAUCAGUCAAGUACCAUGGGGAAAGAGAGAUUAAAAUUCUUAAAUUAUUGUCAAAGCGUAUGCGAGAUCGUUAUGUUAUGAAGUAUUUGGAUGUCUUGCUGUCUUUCUUGAAUAAAAGUGUUAAAGAUUCUGCUAUCCGUCAUGAAGCUUUGCUAGCCAUUCAGGACAUCAUAUCGUAUCUUGGGAUGGAGAGUACCAGCAAGAUUAUAAAUACAGUCUCUCCUCUACUCGUUGAUGCUGAACGUGACGUUAGAUUAUGCAUUUGUGAUCUUCUUGAAUCUCUUGCAAAAAAAGACCCUUCACUGGAUGAUGUGGCAAAGCGUGUCCGCGAUAUGAAUGCCAUCUCAGCCAUGGAAGUUGAUGACCUUGACUAUGAAAAGAUAGUUAAUGCUUAUGUGGAGAUUGAUGCAGAUUUCUUUAUUAAAUCCUCAGAGCAGCACACGAUGAUCAUACUCUCACAGUGUAUAUAUAACGUAUCAUCAGAAUCCAUUAUGUUAAGGGGUAGCGCACAGAAGCUCUUGUCUUCUUUCAUUGAUUUUUCAGCCUCAAUACUUUGCCGAGAGGCUGCAGCUCACUCUGAAUUUGGAAAAGAGGUCAAAAAAGCCGUUGUAAGCUGGACAGGAGAUCGUAUACUGUGCAUUUUGAGAAAUUUUAUUUUGAAACACAUUGGAGAUGCAAUAAACAGAGGGGGCAUUAUAAUAAAGGAAUGGAUUCUUUUGAUACGCGAGAUGGUGACCAAACUUCCAGAUGCCGGAAAUCUUUCUGCAUUCAGACCUUUAUGCUCUGAAGACGAGAACGUAGAUUUUUUUAAAGCUAUUGUUCACAUUCAGGCACACCGUAGAGCAAGGGCAAUUUCACGUUUCACUAAUGUGGUUAAAGAUAGCAGUCUGCCUGAGGGAGUAGUGAGAAAACUUUUGGUCUCAGUCUUUUUCAAUAUGUUGCUCGAUGGACAAGAUGGAAAAGAUAAUAAUGUCAGAAAUGCAUGCACAGAAGCCCUUGCAUCUAUAUCUGCACAUAUGAGUUGGACGUCGUACUAUGCUCUACUGAAUCGGUGUUUCCGAGAGAUGAACAAGCACACCAAAAAGGGAAAAAUUCUGCUGCGACUUAUCUGCUUGAUUUUGGAUAAAUUUCAUUUUGCAAAAGAUGGCUACCCACAGGAGGCUGAGGAAAUUAGGACUUGCCUUCAGAAAAUUGUGUUCCCGAGGAUGCAGAAGCUGAUGAAUUCUGAUUCUGAUAAUGUUAAUGUGAACAGCAGUGUGGCUGCGCUGAAGGUUCUAAAGCUACUACCUGAAGAUGUAAUGGACUCACACCUAUCCUCUAUAGUUCAUAAAAUUGCCAGUUUUUUGAAGAACCGGUUGGAGAGCACACGUGAUGACGCCAGAUUGGCUCUGGUUGCUUGUUUGAAAGAACUUGGGAUGGAGUACUUGCAAGUUGUAGUCAACAUUUUACGUGCUAUCUUAAAACGAGGAUCAGAGGUGCAUGUGCUGGGGUACACUCUUAAUUUUAUCUUAUCAAAGUGCCUGUCCACUCCUACGUGUGGGAAGUUAGAUCAUUGUUUGGUUGAUCUCCUUGCUGUGGUGGAAACCGAUAUCCUUGGAGAGGUUGCUGAACAGAAAGAGGUGGAAAAAUUUGCAUCCAAAAUGAAAGAAACAAGAAAACGCAAGUCACUUGAGACUCUCAAAUUGAUUGCUGAAAAUGUAACGUUCAGAAGCCAUGGAUUAAAGUUACUUUCUCCGGUCACUGCGCAGCUGGAGCGGCAUCUAACUCCUAAGAUCAAAUCAAAUCUGGAGAAGAUGUUAAAACAAAUUGCAGCUGGUAUUGAAGGCAAUCCAUCUGUUGACCAAGGAGAUCUUUUUCUUUUUAUAUAUGGCCGAGUUGAUGAUGGUAUUAAUAACAGGAGUGGUCUUGGAGAUCACUUGUCUUUACCAUCCUCCAAAAAGAAAAAGAAAUCAAGAGAUCUGAAAGAGACUGCUGGGUUGAUUUCUGGUCCUAAGUCAUGUCCACAUCUUAUAACCGUGUUUGCUCUGGACUUAUUGCAUAACCGACUGAAAAAAUUGAAACGCAUGAAAAAAUUGAAACGCGACAACACUGAUGAAGAGCUGCUGUCGAAGUUAGAUCCAUUUGUCAAACUGCUUGCUGGAUGCUUGAGUUCUAAGUAUGAGGAUAUUGUAUCUUCAUCUCUUAGAUGUUUUACUUCAUUAAUAAGGUUUUCACUGCCUUCCCUCAUGUCUGAAGCAGAUGAACUGAAAACAGCAUUGUUAACCAUUGCUCAGUCUGCAGUGAGUUCCAGCAGUCCUCUUGUGCAGUCAUGCCUUAAGCUGCUAAAAACGCUUCUCGACAAUGAAAAUAUAACUUUAUCAUCUGAGCAGCUGAAAAUGUUGAUUCAGUUCCCCAUGUUUGUUGAUCUGGAGUCUGAUCCAUCCUUUGUUGCUCUUUCACUCCUCAAGGCCAUCGUGAAGCGGAAGCUUGUAGUUCCAGAGAUAUAUGACAUUGCAAUUCAGGUUUCAGAGUUGAUGGUAAAAAGUCAGUUGGAAUCAAUCCGCGAGAAAUGUAAAGAGAUACUGUUGCAAUUUAUGGUCCACUAUACACUUUCUGAAAAACGUUUAGAGCAACAUGUGAACUUCUUGCUGGAAAAUCUGAGGUAUGAAUAUCCAACUGGAAGAGCAGCAGUUCUUGACAUGCUUCAUGACCUAAUCUUAAAAUUCUCAAAACCUAAUCUUGGCAAGCAGUCUGUUCUUGACCAGCAGUCACAAAAAUUGUUUAUUCAACUUACUGUUUGUUUGUCCAAUGAGGCUGAUAAAAAAGUGCUGCCCCUGGUUGGUGCUGUGAUAGAAGUUCUGAUAGGCCGCAUGAGUAAAGAUCAAGUUGAUUCCAGUCUCUUGUACUGUUUGUGUUGGUAUAAGAAGCAGAACUUAAGGGCUGCGGCGGCACAGGUAUUGGGAUUUUUUAUUGAUGCCAUGAAGAAAACAUUUCGGAAGCAUAUCUACAAUACAGUGCAGGAUGCUAAAACUAUUUUGGAGUCUGCAAUUAGUACUUCCAGUUUACAGUUGCAAGAUACUGUUGAGGAAGCCAGUCUUCCGUUCUGGAAGGAAGCAUACUACUCACUGGUUAUGAUAGAAAAGAUGCUACAGCAAUUUCCUGAUUUAAGAUUCGGAAAAGACUUAGAGGAUAUUUGGAAAAUGGUGUUUAAGUUCUUGUUGCACCCACACGAAUGGUUGCGAAACAAAUCCUGCAGGCUUCUGAAUCAAUAUUUUGAGGCAUUAGCUGGGAGAAAAAGACCAGAAUCUCAUAAAUUAGUAGCGGAUUCUCUCCUAGAGAAGCCAAGUAGUCUGUUCAUGGUGGCUGUUUCUCUUUGCUUCCAGUUAAAGGAGCAACCCACCACGGGCAACGUUGAUGUUGAUCUCCUCACAGCAAAUAUUGUUUUUGCGGUCUCUAGUCUUCAUUCUUUGAUUGGACAAUCUGAUCAAGCAACACACAAUAGGUUCUGGUCCAGUCUUGGCGAGGAUGAGCAAGUGGUGUUCCUCAAAGCCUUUGAAGUGCUUGAUUCAGGGAAAGGAAGGUCUACUUUUUUGGCUCUUACCUCAGGCAAACGUACUGAGAAUGGUGAUGAUGAUGCAAAUGAUGUAAGAAAUGUAUUGAUCGGAAGUUUGCUCAAAAGAAUGGGGAAGCUUGCUCUUGAUAUGGAGUCUGUUCAGAUGAGAGUUGUGUUCAACGUCUAUAAAGCUUUUGCUUCACAAAUGAAUCAAGAAGAAUGUCGCUUAUACGCCUACAAAAUUCUGCUUCCGUUGUACAAAGUCUGCGAAGGAUUUACCGGAAAAAUCAUCACAGAUGAGUUGAAAUUGCUAGCAGAAGAAGUACGAGACAGUAUAAGGGACAAGAGUUUAGGCAACCAAAUGUUUGUGGAAGUAUACAGUGAAAUAAGAAACAGUUUGAGAACGAAAAGAGACAAGAGAAAGCGAGAAGAGAAGAUAAUGGCAGUGGUAAAUCCGGAGAGAAACGCCAAGAGAAAACUGAGAAUUCAGCAAAAGAAAGGUAUGAAGCAAUCGUCAUGGGGCUGCACAAUCUUCAUCCAAUUAUCUCUCUGUCUCAUCGUCUAUGUGUCUCUGCAUUUGGGUCACCCAUUCUUCUUCUCUAGUAACGACGACGGUGACAAUGCCACACCUCUAGAUCUUCAUUUCAUCUCCGUCGCCGGAGGUUUCAGGCCUCUUUACCACCAAACUCGCCUUCUCCGAUUGAUGGAGAAAGUUGCAGAAACUUACAAGGCAAAAUUUGUGGUGAGCUCAAGUGAACAUGGAGAAGAAGAUUCACUCCUGCAAAAUGCGACUCGGCUGUCUUCUUCACUGAAACUUCCAUGGUACACUAGAAGGAAAGGAUCUGGAUAUUUCAGAGAGCACAUCAAAAUGCCUUUUGGUGGAUCCUUGGAUGUUGUUUUCGUAGACACUGGCUCACUGCAGCAGGAUGUCCUUGGUGGAGCAUUGAAUGGCUCUAUGAUCUGUCAAUUGAAAGGGUUGGCAAGGAUUCUGAAAGCAGUAGAUGGAGACUGGCGUAUUGUGGUUGGAUCAGACCCGUUACUCGCCAGUACUCUAACUAAGGAACCAGAGAAAUCUAAGAGAGUUGCAAGGACAUUUCAUCAAAUCUUGACCAAAUAUGGAGUGAACUUAUAUAUAAGCGAAGAAGGCUGCACCAGCGGAGGCAGCAACGAGGGCUUCACUUGCAUUACGGUUCCUAAUCAACCAGAGAACCAAGGUCCAACGAAUGAUAGUAAGAGAGAAAGGGAAGAUGGGUUUCUUCUUCACAGAGUUAGCUUCUCAGAAUUUGUUACUUAUACUAUCAACUCAUCAGGACAAGUCAUUGACACAAAAUUAGUUAAGCAGAAAGGCAAAGAGACCAUCUAAGGGCUAUAAGGAAAAAACAACUCUUUUUUCUUUGUUAGCAGCCAUGGCUGAAGAGUUAAUCCUCUAAUUUGUCUGAGAAAAGGCGAAUCUGAGUCCUUUCCUGUGACAUGCAAAUUUUUUCUCAAAAUCCUUUAAAAGUGUUUAUAAGUUUUGUAGAAUCUAAAUUUUGUAGCCAUGUCUGAAGAGUUAAGCUUAGAUGCAUCGUUUUGUAGAUCCGAUGUGAAAAAUGGGACAAAGACAGAGCUUAUAAUAAAUUGAUGAAUUUUGU